AAUAAUAAGAACCAAACAGCCUAAAAGCAAACAAGUUAAUAAUAAAAUUAUUAAAAUAUACAAAAAUCAAAUUAUUGAACUCGAAAAUUUUUCGAACUUGCGUGUUUAAUUUCCACAAUAUUUUCUUUUUGUUUCCUUUUAAUUUCCUGUAAUAUUUUCAUAGUUUUGUAUCAUUGAACUCAAUUUAUGUUAAAUUUGUUUCUAAGAACUGUGAAAAGAUUUUGUUGAUUUAAAAAUGCCACACGGAAGUGACUGUAGUUCAUUCAUACCCGAUACUAAGCGUGGUUACUGGGUCAAUCCAAAUGAUUUCAUUUAUGCUGGUCUGGGUUUGGCCUUUCGGCUGGAUAUGUUUUCAUUGCCUUGGUUUUAUUUAUUGGAGAAGAAUAUUAUUAUUGUGUUGAUUGUUUAUCUAAUCGGUUUAUUCAUCUAUAUAAUACCAUUUAUUGUAAUACAAUCAUAUUUGGGUCAAUUUUCAAGUAGUGGUUUUAUCUCUGCCUUUCGUAUAACUCCUCUUUUUAAAGGUAUUGGUUAUAUUACGCUGGCCUUAAAUCUUGGUGCACUAUCUUUUUAUAGUAAUUACGCCGUGAUACCUCUAGUCUACGUGUUUGGCUCCUUGCAGCCAACAUUACCCUGGAGCUGCGAAGGUUACAGGAAAUGGAACAUAGAAGAAGAGAUAACUAUUUGCACUUUACCUGAUAAAAACAAUACAAUGGUUUCCGAUCCUGAUGAUUAUAUAUAUUUAAAUAUUCAGAUACCUUCAGUGUUGUAUUUUAAAUCACUGUUUAACGAUAUAAAUGUGUUGUCGUAUAAGGAUGUUGAGUUUUCCGUGUCGUGGCAAUUGAUUGUUUGUGCCAUUUUAGUUUGGACCGUUGUGAUUAUAUUUUUUUAUAAAUUCUUCAAUACCAAGAAAUUCAGUCAAAUUAUUCGUUAUACGGUUUGGACAUUACUGGGACUUUUGUUAAUAUUAUUAAUACGCUUAAGCUUUUUACCCGGUUCGGGUAAAGUAUUUAAACGUCAUAUUACACUUGUUUGGGAUGAUAUUAUUGAAAUCGCUUUGUCAAUACCAGUUUAUGGUAUAACCGCUUUUGGACCUGGCUGGGGUAUGUUCAUAACAUUAUCAAGUUUUAAUAAAUUCAAAACGAAUGUUAUGAAACAAAGUUGGAUAAUUGCGUUGGGGCAGUUGGGUAUAGUUGUUGGUUUGGAUGUGAUGGUAAAGUUCAUAUGGCAAUAUUAUAGGGAAGAGGCUGUUUAUUAUUAUCCUUCGGAUGAGGAAAAAGUUUGGUUUUUACAUUUAACAAGCGGUAGUGCUAUAUCCCAUAUGGCUUGGGCAAACUUGUGGUCAAUUUUACUUUAUUUAAUGCUGUUUUUAUCAGGCAUGCUUUUAAUUAUCAUGCAAUUAUAUACAAUACUAACCACAAUAUUUGAUGAAUUCGCAAACUUGAGAGAGCAUAAAGUAAAAGUAUGUAUGGGUCUAAUAGCCGCCACAGUUGUCAUUUCAUUAUACUUCACCUCUAAUCAUGGUCUAGUAUAUUUCGUGACACUCUUAACCGAUGUUUACGUAUCACAAACUGCUAUUAAUUUACUAUUAAUACUGGUCGUAUUAUGGGUCUAUGGUCGUGAGCGUUUCCAACGUGAUAUAGAAUUUAUGAUAAAUAAACGUUUUUCCACAUGGAAAAUUUAUGUUCUCAGGUUUGUGGUUCCUUUGGGAAUAUUGCUGGCUUUGUUUUAUGGCUUUAUUUUGGCUAACUAUUUUCACGAAUCAACGCAUUAUUUAAUGACAGUCUUGGCUUUUAUAUAUAUUAUUAUUCCCUGGCUGUUAAUACCCGUCUAUGGUUUCUAUUGUAUAUGCCAAAAAGGGAACGGUUCAUGUAAGCCCCGUUUACAGCAUUGUUGCAAACCGCACGACUGGCAUCCUGUUGAGCAAGAGGAACGUCAGCGUUAUGAAGACGAAUUGGAAAAUAUUAAUAGAAACUAUCAACUUAAUGAAAUUAACGAUGCGAAUGUAAUGGCAACUUAAAUUACAAACACGAUUUCUUUUAAUUAGCUAUUUAGGUGUAUCUUUAUAAAUACUAAUAUGAGAUUUAAGAAUAUCAGGUUAUAAUAAAGAGUUUAAUUUAUA